AUGGCAAGUGCAUUUCAAUCGGCAUUCGCUGGUCUCAAAAAAUACACCAAGAAAAUAACUCACACGGAGACUCCUCUGGAGAAAAACCUUCGGGAAGCGACAUCCAAUGAGAAUUGGGGUGUGGCCAACUCCGUAUUGAUCGACAUUGCCAGAUGCACUCAUGACUUCAACGACUAUUAUCUGAUCAUGUCGACAGUUUGGUCGGCCAUUGGUGAUAAGAAAGAGAAAUGGAGGAGGAUAUUCAAGGGGCUCAACUUGCUGGACUAUCUCCUUAAAUUUGGGUCUGAGCGUGUUGUCGACGAGACGCGCGACGGCCUNNNNUCCCGAGAGAUCGUCGGGUUGGUAAACACCCUUCCCAACUGA